GCAAAAAUGUACUAAAUCACCACAGUCUAGCAACAACUCGAAUUCGAAUCAUACUAUAGCAACUCCCCAUCAAGCAGCGGUCAAUUGUUUGCAGCAACCAUCACCACCACCAUCUUCAUCCAAAACUUCCUUAUCAACAUCUCCCAUUGCUGCUAACUUUAUGGGUUCUUCAUCAUUGUUUUCAUUUGAGAGCGGUGUAGUUCUAAGUGGCAGCUCAGGAUGUUGCUCAUUAUCAAAUUCUCCAUCGUCGUCCUCAUCGUCCAACUCAUAUUUAACUUCACACUCUUUAGAAAAUUCCUGUAACAAACUGACGGCUACUUCUGGAAAUCAAAUGUGUUUAAAUGCUCCGUCAAAUUUAGAAGAUUCGUUCAACUCAGCUACAUAUCAAUUGAAUGCGUCCUUAUUGGCUGAAGUUAAUGGAGAUUUGGAAGAUGAUCAUGUUAUGACAAAUUCAUUAUCUGAUACGACCAAUCAAACGGAAGCUAAUCUCCAUACAUCGGAAUCUAUUCACAAUGACAAUAGCGAGAACGGACAACGAAUUAUGUUGGAAAAUAUGCACCAUCAACAUCCGCAACAGUCGACGGGCGAUAAUUCUUGUUUAAAUAAUGAAGAUGCACGAACACUUCAACUGGCUGUCGAGUUGACUAUGAUGAAUUUGAAUAAAAUGCCAUCGCCUACAUCUGAAGCACAUCCUUCCUUAUCGCCAACAUCAAAUCAUUAUCAACAAUUACAAUCUCACCACUUGCAACACGGUGCGCUGGACCAUCAUCAACCAUAUUCAUCUUCAUCGUCAUAUACGUCGGUUGGAAAUCCGUAUCAUAUGACUACAAAAGUUUUUCUACAAACUCAAUCUCAAGCCGCAGCCACAUUACUAAAUCAAAAGUUUUUAUCCGAACCUAAUCAAGAUGUCAUUCCAAGUAAAAUAAAUUCAUUGUCGGCUCCCAAUCAAAACAUGGCCACCGUAACACCAACCACAACAGACGAUAGAUCAAAAAAAUCACAAAACAUGACUGAAUGUGUACCAGUACCGAGUUCGGAACAUGUUGCUGAAAUUGUUGGAAGACAAGGUUGCAAAAUAAAAGCACUUCGAGCCAAAACUAAUACAUAUAUUAAAACUCCUGUGCGAAAUGAGGAACCAGUGUUUGUAGUAACGGGUCGCAAGGAGGAUGUUACAAAAGCUAAACGUGAAAUUUUGUCAGCUGCUGAACAUUUUACACUAAUACGAGCAACACGUCGUACAAAUGAUGGCAUGAAUGGAUGUUCAGCGAGUUUAACUGGUGGUGGGAGUGGCGUUAACGGUGGACAUUUAGUAUCGUUAAAUAAAAAUUCAUUGUCUUCGAAUACGCCAUUGCCGGGUCAGAUAACAAUUCAAGUACGAGUACCAUAUAGAGUUGUGGGCUUGGUUGUAGGACCAAAAGGUAAUACUAUUAAGCAUAUUCAACACGAGACAAAAACUUAUAUAGUGACGCCGUCACGAGACAAAGAACCAAUUUUUGAAGUAACCGGAAUGCCGGAUAAUGUUCAAAUGGCUAGAAAGCAGAUUGAGGCCCAUAUAGCUAAACGUACUGGAAAUUCAUUGGCUGUGCCAGCGCCACCGCCUCCUCCACCACCACCUCCAGCACCAGCUGGUUCAAUUAAUCACAUUAAUGAGCCUAUAACGUCUAAUCAGAAUACUGCAUUUCACUCCUUAAAUUCUUUAAAUCAAAUGCUGAACGAUGAUUUGCAUUCAGAAAUUCUGUCAUCAAUUUACAAAAAUGGAAUAGGUUCAGCAUUGGAAUACAGUCAAAUAGGUGGUGGUAGCCUUUUGAACUCCGCCAACAAAUGCAACACUUCCAAUUCAUUCAAUAAUGGAUUCGUUAACAAUGAGAUUAAUCCAAACAUAAUUUCCGUUAACGAUAUACAGCGACGUGUAUCGAUGAAUUCAGGCAACAGCAACAAUGGAAAUAUGCAAUUAAACUGCAAUGACUUCAUCAACAAUAUAAUAGAAUCAAAUACGACAACACAAUUUGUCAAUGAACAAAAUACACAUUUUCCGCAAAUAGCUAAUAAUGCAAGUACUAUAAGAAAUUUAAAAUCGGUAAUAAACACUAUUAAUCUCUUGGAGAAUACAAACAAUGGCGCCGGCGGACUGUUACAACAGCAAAAUAACCUAGCCACAAAUGCUUUAUUAACACGUUCCUGUUCUUCGGCAUCUUCCACAGCAUCAUCUUCAAAAAGCUUCAAUAACAGUGGCAAUAACAAUAAUACUCAAUUUUGGAAAUCAUUAAAUGGUGGAUCAUCAUUAGGAGCAGCUACAAAUGGAACAUGUGGUGGUACUGGCAAUAAUGAUAACAUCGAUAUCGACGAAGGUAUCGGUGAAUCGCCUCUAUAUAGUUGGGGCUUACCCAAUACAUUGGCGGCGAUAACAAAUUCAUAUUGCUCGCCAACAUCAACGUCUAUAAGUCCUACAGAUUCGCUUUUUGGAGAACAUAUUAAUAACAAAACAACAAUACUACAGCAACAGCAGCAGCAGCUUAAGAUCUCAUCGAAAACAAAAUUAUUAGAAAAGCUCAAACGUAAGAAUUGUUGGAUGUGCCAUGAAAAAGAUAUUGUUGCUGCUUUAAUACCAUGUGGCCAUACUAUAUUUUGCUCCCUGUGUGCAAAUCGUUUAUGUCAACAAAAUGACGCAAGCUGUCCAGUAUGUUCCACACAAAUAUAUCAAGCUAUAAGAGUUCACUAAGUAUAAUUACA